GCCAACGCGGGCUUCUUCACAAUGCUACACAUCAAGAACCAGUCCAUACGACCGACGCGUAUCCAAUCGCCCGCAUCGCAGGCCGCGGCGAGGGAGAAGUACCAGGAGAAGAAACGCAAGCGGGACGAGGAGUCCGUUGACGCACACCCCGCGCCAGCAACAGCAGGAGCCAAAGCGAGUAGGAGCGCAACGCAGGCGAAUGGGGCUAGUGGAUCAAAUGCACAUGCUACGAAUGAAAGACCUUCGAAGAGGCAGGCGACGGAGAGGAACGCUGCGGCUCGUGAGGCGGCUGCUAGGGAGGCGGAACGCUUGGCCAGGGCUGCGGAGAAAGAGAGGGAGGAGAUCCAGAAGAAACUUGUCGUCGACUUCAACACAUUCACCAUUCCUCAACUGCUCAAGUACAUCGCUCUCCACGGCCUUGCACCUCCCAUCGACCCAUCCCCGCUGUCGCGUGAUCAACCACCACCAGCGUCUUACCUGCUGCAUCCACCACCACCGCGCCUUCCGGACCCUACGCCCGCCAAUCGACCGCAGCGUACCUCCCGCCGUCUGCUCAACGCAAGAACCGGAUACCGAGAAGAUCAACCCGUCCGACCGGAAGACCUGCGGGAGCCCGUGUACACCGACAUCGAGGCGUACCAGGCGGCGCUAGCUGGUAUCUGCGCACGACAUUUCGACGCGAAGCAGAAGGACGUCAAGGACUCGGAGGUGGUUAUGGGGUUUGUGUAUGCGAUCAAGACGCGGGGUGAGCGUGCCUUUUCGCGCAGGAGGCGGGCGCUCACUGACCCCGCCGCCGGCGCAGACAAGACGCUCCGAGUUGUCCCCGUUGAUCGGGUGACAGCGUAAGUGCUCAUUGUCUGUCGUCUCCCCUGGUCAUCACACAUCGCAUUGCAUUGAAUGUAACCCCCCUGUAUCUUCCAUACCAUCCCAUUAUGCUGCAACUAUGUCUGUAAUAACU